CUCUACCAAAUUAAGCUUCUGGCGCAAUCAACUCUGCCCCCGUCGUACAUCUCAAGGUCUAAAUCAUGCUGGUGCACUCACAAACGACCUCAAGCCCUGCAUGUUUACAAACGCAACUUCAUCCAUUGAUAGAGGUGCAUCAUGCGCGAACCUCGAGAGCCUGCCCGAAAGCCAAUAAAGCGAUACCAUAGGAAGUCCAGGGCUGGAUGCGACACGUGCAAGCGACGGCGUGUCAAAUGUGACGAAGCUACACCAACAUGUGGAGCGUGUGCUCAACGACAAGAUCGAUGCAUCUACCAAAACCCAACUGUUGCGACUACUGGAUCUAGGAAUUUGGCCAAGACAUCCUCAACCACAGCAAGGUCAUCAUCAGCAUCAUCCACAUCCUCCUCCUCCUCUUCAUCAUCAUCAUCAUCGCCUCCGUCGAUCACAUCCCCAUUGUGUCCACUGCACAAUACAUACCGCGGCUCUUCCUUACGACUGGUCACUUACAAUGCCACCCGGAUGAGAGAAAUGCAACUCAUGCACCAAUGGUCCACAGUCACAUAUCGUACUUCUGGUCCUCGCAACAUGGAGCUCUUUCGCGACUACACAGUUGAGCAAGCUCUGCAACACACUUAUCUAAUGGAUAUCGUUCUCGCAUUUACGUCCCUGCACAGCGCGAGCAAUGCAUCAGAGGCCAGCGCUGUACACGAGCAUGUCGCCGCCGCCCUCCACUACCAAAAUCGAAGUAUAACCGAGUUCAACGAAACACAGUCGCUCGUCAAGAUUUCGGAAGAGAGCUUCGAUCCUGUUUGCCUCAUGACUUCUCUCCACACAGUGGCCACACUGGUUGCAGCUCUGACACCUGCAACUCCGGGCGAGCAGUUGGAACCAAUAGUCGAAAUAGUAAAGCGUAUCAGGACGUACGCGCUAUGCUUGAUGGACAUGGUUAAAGGGCACCGCGUCUGGGCUGAAAAAAGUGAGCUUAAACGAAUUACCGACAGCCCUACUGUACUACGAAUCGAGGAAGGCCAUUCGUUCUCGGCGGACCAGAUGCGGGAGUUGACUGAUGCUAUACUGGCGAAUAUCGAUCUUGACGAUAGUGAGACCCCAUUCUUCCGUACUACACUAGAGCAACUGGAGAAGUCAUACGCUAAUAACAAUGGGCGUUCGGUCAUCUCUUGGUUGGUGUUGGUGGAGCCUAUUUUCUUUCAGAAAGCUGAAUUGGGAGAAACUGCAGCUUUGGUAAUAUUGGCAUGCUGGGGUACACUCAGUGUUAUUCUGGAGGAUAUAUGGUGGUCAAAGUAUGCUGGCCGGAGAAUUGUGGAGGAACUUUCUUCCCAGCUCAAUGGCUGUGAUAGCCGCUGGAAUGGAAUCAUGCAAUGGUGUUACAAGCAAGCAAGAAUACAUGGGUUGUAGAUACGACGACAUAGAAUAUCAUAGGCUAGAAGGCGUUUAAUGGAUAAAUAAUCG